CAAUGCCAUGCCAUGCCAUGCCACGCCAUGCCAUGCCAUCCCCCCGCUCUCCACCAACCGCCAGCAGAUUCAACUCAGCAGCCGACCAUACAGAAGUAGAAUUGAGAUCCUUGCAUCGUCCGCUCAGUCCGUCUUACUUAUUAUUCGUCCGAUCAUUCGAGUCGUCUGCGGAUUCCUCAACCGCUCGCGUUGACAGGCGCUAGGACGGUUUCUGCGAGUUCCACCCAGCCACGUGUCAGCUGGAGAUGGGAUAAUCCCGUCCGCCUCACGCCUUCACCGGGAGGCGUCUCUCGAGCCACGGCUGGUGAAGUUGAAGCGUCGGCUUCACCACGGUGACUCAAAAGAUGGUCCUUCGCGUCCUGGCCGUGGCCGAAGCAGUGAAAAAGCCUGACCAUCGCUUUUAGUUGUCGAGCCUAAAGGCUGAGCGUCUUAGAGUCUCUCAGAUAGGAGAGCGCCGACCAUAGUGAGAAUCGAUUAGAAGAGAGCAGCCGUGAAGGAUCGCGCAUGGCGGAGUGGCGGACGUCGAGCCACUGCAGCCGUUGGAUGUUCAGCGCUGCUGAGCUGGCGACGAUGCGAGUGAAGAACAACCAAAGAGCAGUGGAUGCCAUUCAGAAGCACGGCCACAGCAGGGUAGAGGCGGUGCUCAACCCCGCCCUCGUUGAGCCCAGGGGCCAAUCAGACGCCGCCACGUCAGCAGACGGCCACACCACAGCAGCAGCAGCAGGAGGCGGAAGAGGGGCGGAUGGGGAGGGGGUCAUAGGCGGUGCACAGGCAGAAGCGGGAGGGGACAGGGGAGGCGGAGGCAGUGGGGGCAAUGGGGGCAGUGGGGACAACGGCGAGGCGCCGCGGCCCAAGGCGUUGAGUGAGGAGGAGGAGCGGGUGAUGUGUCGGUACUACGAGGGCAAGAUCCAAGAAGUCUGCUCCGCCUUCCGCUUCCCCUACAAGAUAUACUCCACCUCACUACAGUACUUCAAGCGGUUCUUCCUCGUGUGCUCGGUCAUGGAACACGACCCUAAAGGCAUCAUGCUGACGGCCAUCUACAUAGCCUGUAAGGUAGACGAGGUGUACGUGUCGGCGGAGGAGUUCGGGCGGGGCAUCGGGCAGGACCCCCAGCUGGUGCUGGACAACGAGGUCACGGUGCUGCAGACACUCAAGUUCGACCUCAUCUGCUACGGGCCGUACAGGGCCAUAGACGGGUUCAUGCUGCAAUUAGACAAGGUAUCGCCGCACACGAUGCACAUGGUGAGUGAGGGUUGCGUUGCGUCCAUGAUACUGUCACAAGGCAUCUGGCAGGACCCCCCGCUGGUGCUGGACCACGAGGUCACGGUGCUGCAGACACUCAAGUUCGACCUCAUCUGCUACGGGCCGUACAGGGCCAUAGACGGGUUCAUGCUGCAAUUAGACAAGGUAUCACCGCACACGAUGCACAUGGUGAGUGAGGGUUGCGUUGCGUCCAUGAUACUGUCACAAGGCAUCUGGCAGGACCCCCCGCUGGUGCUGGACCACGAGGUCACGGUGCUGCAGACACUCAAGUUCGACCUCAUCUGCUACGGGCCGUACAGGGCCAUAGACGGGUUCAUGCUGCAAUUAGACAAGGUAUCACCGCACACGAUGCACAUGCUGCUAGGGGAGCCCUUGGCGAGUCAGCCCGAGGAGGCAAAGAAGCAGGCCGCUCAGACCCUAACCCAUGGGGCAAAUGCUGCCGUGAGUUCGAUCUUCCUCACCGAUGCUCCGCUGCUCUUCCCUCCAAGCCAGCUGGCUCUGGCGGCCAUCAAGCUCGCCAACAAUGCCUCCUGUGCCAUCCCCAGCUUCCAAAGUCUGCUUGAGUCCAUAGUGGCAGCAGCCCCACGGGGUGCUGCAGGGGCGGCUGCCAACGGUCAUGCGUCAUCUGGCCAUCCACACACUGCGGCUGGGCUGCUGGCAGCUGUUAAGAGCAUAGAGCACAUGGUGAAGUCAUCCGGCCCUCUGCCUGCAGCUGAUGUGGUCAAGCGGAUCGACAGAAAACUCAAAUACUGCCGCAACCCCUCCCUCAUGCUGCAAGAUCGCAAGGAGCGCAAGGAGAGGAGCAAGUCCAAGCGGGCAUCCCAUAGUGUCGCUCUCACUGCCGCUCCUGCUAUUGCCUCGUCCCCCCUGGAAGAUGCUGCAAUUCGCAAUGCCAAGCGGAGACGAAGCACCAGUACUUUGCCCCAGGGCACAUAGCAUUCACCAGAUGAUUUUUUAGGCGCCUCAAAAAUCAUAUGAGGCCUAAUUGCUCAUAGCUUGAUUAGUGCAUACAUGUUAGCUCCAAAUGCUCACAGUACGCAUGGUGCAUGUGAUAGGUAGGAAUAUAUUCACAUAGAAUGCAUUCUCUCAUAGUGCACCACACCAGAGUCUCUGGGGCUACCUGUAUUGGAAGCCCACUAGUCCCACUUGCCUAUGACAUGCAAAAAGGACAGAUGCGUAUUGACUCGGUACAUAUUCUGUCGCUGCAUUUAUACUGUUGCUUAUUCGUG